AUGCCGGAGAGCGAUACCUGGCCAGGUGGCGUGGGGUUGGAGACGAUGAGCGGCAUGGACUCUGCCGGCAGCUGUGACAGCGUCCUCAGUGCCAAUUCUGGCUUUAGCGAUGACAGUCUGGAGCACCUGUCUGCUGAGGAGAAAGCCUGCCUCAUGUUUCUCGAGGAAACGAUUGAGUCUCUGGACACCGAGGAGGAUAGUGGACUGUCCAAUGACGAUCCCGACCAGAUGCCCACUCCUGGUAAUCUCGCCAUCAAACUGGCUGACCUGUCGGCCUCCUUGAGCAAGAGCAAGCUGAACGAUUCACAGAAACAUCCCUCCAGAGAAAACAUGAAGGAGAACGCUGACACUAAACCCCUCCAGAGCUACCUUGUUCCUACUCCUCUUGUUAUGGCAGGCGGCGCUCUCUCUUCUGUGUCCAGCACCAAACCAGGCGGUCCUCCAGAUUCAAACCUCUCCAAGCCUCAGAUCGCACCUUCAAGCAACAAAUCUCAUCAAAAACCCAACAAGAAACCUGUUGUUCACUUUGAAGUGAAUGUUGUGAUACCUCCUCCCACGAAACCCAAGGACAGCUCAGUCAGGACAGCGGAGGGUCCUUUACCUCGAGGACCUCUGUCGUACGAUGCGCUUGUUUAUCUGCAAAGGAGUGCGUCCACGAAGAAGACCCCUCUAUGCCCCACAGUCGAUCACACUAUAGAAUCGGACAAGCGUCCUCCUGCCUUGAUGGAAGGACCGAACUUCGGAAACAUGCCGAGAUCUGAGAAGUCCCACCCAGAGUCUACCAGGCUGAACAUAAGUCCUCCGGUUGUGGCACCUAAACCCAAAACGAUUCCUGCCAGCAUUGCUGCAAAAGCACAGAACGGAGCUUCGUCGAUCACAAACACUUUGUACAGUAUCAAGCAUGCGAAAGACCCUGAGGUGGUGAGACAGAAGGCUUUGCUGAAGCUCGGCCUCCUGAAAGAUCAAGAAAAUGAGACACUUGCUCCACUACCUCCCCCUAAACCUCACUCCACUUUGGACCCAACACCUAGAAGAUUCACAAGAGGUUCAUCGAACGGUAAUCCACCGAGAAGCCCAUCGUUUUCCUAUUCUCAAGUGCCCAAGAACAAGCCUCUGCACAGCAGCGCCAGUUUCCAUCACUGCUCGAGAGCUGACCCUCAGUCUGCAUCGGUACCACAUCCUGUUCAGCCCAAAGGAUUAAAGACAGAUGCUCUGGGGGACGGAAGGACAGGUGGGAACUGUCCUGAGCGAGGACACAUCACAGGAGCUGGGCCAGUGAAGACCACCUCUGCAGCUCAGCCUCAGAAACCCUCAAACUCUGUAGGAUAUUCUGUCAUGGUGGUGCCGGGGAUGGGAGCUGAUCGGAGGGAAGCACUCAGAAAACUUGGACUUCUUAAACACUGA